CUUCUGACAACCUCGCCUCUCUUUUGGGAUCAUUGCCUCCUUGGCACUCUCUCAGAGUUGAAUCAAGUGGCAGGUCAUAGAUCCUGGCGACCUCUCGGCCGAACAUCGUCCACCUCCCCUCCCCCUCCCCCAAGACAAUUUUUCGCUCCUCCCCCACUUUUGACAUCCGACACCUGUUCAAGCCCAUUUCGUGUCGCACAUCUGUCUCUGCUUAGACUUGGCAGACUACGGUAGCUCUUGGGGGAAUCCUUCUGCCGAUAUCGGCUGGACUUGGGGAGAACAUACAUAUCUGUGAGAUAGUGUAGGGAGGGUGUUGACACGCCACAAGUUCCCUUGAACCUGUAUCUGCUUUUCGGCUCCAAGGACCUCCAUCUACCUACCAUUCAUCUGCUAUACUUGCAACCGUUGACCCUCACACCUUCGUUACCAUUAUGAAGCUGCUACUCACUGGCGCGAGUGGAUCCGUAGGCUCUCACACUCUCAAAUACCUCUUGGCCCGCUCGCACGACAUUACAGCCGUGGAUAUAGUUGCCAUUCCCAUACCUACUCUGUCAUCUACCUCUGCGACCGAUCGACCGCCUGGUCAAUUGACCACCGUGACGUGUGACCUGGCCGAUUGGAAAGCUGUCGAGGAGCUUUUCGCUUCGCAAACUGUACCGUUCGACGGUGUCAUUCAUUUUGGAGCUAUCCCCAAUCCAUUAUACCAUGACCCCAGGAUCGUCCACAAUGUCAACGUCACUAGCAGUUACAAUGUACUUCAGACAGCUGCAUCACACGGCGUCAAGAGAAUCGUACAGGCAAGCUCGGUGAACGCCAUCGGAUUGAGUUACACGCCAGAGGGUCAUAAGCGGGUGGAUACGUUUCCGAUCACUGAGGAGGAGCCAAUCACAGCGGAAGACGCCUACGCGAUCUCCAAAGCCGCCUGCGAGCUCCAAGCCUCCGCCCUUUGCCGGUUUUACCCUGACCUCCGUAUCGCCUCUCUCCGCUUUCACAUGUGUAAACCAAACUACGCCGAGUCCAUCGCUCAUUCGCGGGUCCAAGAUCUCUUCGCAUGGACAUCCAUGGCCUCUUGCGCUUCAGCUGCACUUCUGUCCAUCACCUCGGAGGGAUGGCACGGGCAUGAAGUGUUCAACAUUACCGCACCGGAGAUCGUUUUUCAAGGUUUACCUGACGAUAUGACGGCCGGACCGAGUGCACUGGAAGCCAUUGAGACGCAUUGGGGUGGGAAAUACAGAGUCAUCAAUAAGGAAUGGUGGGCGGAUCAUCCCAGAAGAUCCGUUUUCGACAGUACGAAAGCGGAGAAGAUGCUCGGGUGGGACCAUGACAAGGCGGACGAACAGUGCUGGUGAGGUUGGGAAGGGAAGGGCACAUGCUCCCUAGUGUGGAGCCAGGUGCUCGCAUGCAGGUCAGCAUCAACCCGCCACCACCACCACCACCACCACCCUUUUAGUUGUAUAGGCUAUUGCUUCUGUAUCUUAAUCAGAUUCCCGGUCUUCAUGGAGA